GGAUCUUUUAUCAGAGGCAGAUGUGUUUGCUGAUGUUGGCUAUUGUGUGAUGGAGUCUGACAAUUGGCUGGUGUCUGAGUGGGCUCUUUUUUAAAGCUGUGUAUUCCCAGAAUGAUUCAAGUGAUGGAUUCAUGACAACAUCAACAUCAUCAUCAUCAUGAGCUCAGAAUCCCCAAGCAGUGUUUUUAGUGAGACGUCCAGUAUUCAGAUCAGUGAGACUGAUGUGGAGCCUGAACUCAACUUUCCUUUAAGAAAAGAUGUCCCAAAGUCAAAAGUGCUGGAGUUGGAUAUAAACACCAAAGAUUAUAGAGUUCCAAGAGACCCUCGUCUGUUGAGAUUGACUGGUUCUCAUCCUUUCAAUUGUGAAGCUCCAUUGACUACAUUGUUUGAGGAUGGCUUUAUAACUUCAUCAGACUUACAUUUUGUUAGAAAUCAUGGGCCUGUUCCUCAUGUUGAAGAUGAAGAAAUUAUGAAUUGGACAUUCUCUGUGGAAGGUUUAGUUGAUGAACCAUUUGAAAUGAAGUUAUCUGAUAUGAUCCAAGAGUUUCCUCAAUACACUAAUCCAAUAACCUUAUGUUGUGCAGGAAAUCGUCGUAAGGAACAAAAUCAAGUUAAAAAAGGGAAAGGUUUCAAUUGGGGUGCUGCUGGUGUUUCAACCUCUUUAUGGACUGGUGCAUUUUUAUGGGAUGUUAUAUCAAAAGCUAAACCUUCUAAAAAGGCAAGAUAUGUUUGGAUGGAAGGUUGUGAUGAUCCUGCAAAAGGUGCUUAUGGUACAUGUGUCCCUUUACCUAUGGUUAAAGACCCUGAAAGAAAUAUAAUGUUGUGUUAUAAACAGAAUGGGAUCUAUUUGGAACCUGAUCAUGGUAAACCCCUAAGAAUCGUUAUACCAGGUGUUAUUGGUGGUAGAUCUGUUAAAUGGCUAAAGAAAUUAGUUGUUAGUGAUAAACCAAGUGAUAACUGGUAUCAUUUCUUUGAUAAUAGAGUUUUACCAACUAUGGUUACACCUGAAAUGGCUGCAUCUGAUGAAUCAUGGUGGAAAGAUGAAAGAUAUGCAAUUUAUGAUUUAAAUUUACAAAGUAUUACGGUUUAUCCUGAAAAUGAUGAAACUUUAAUUGUUGAUUCUUCAAAUGAAGAUGAAUUAUACAAUGUUAAAGGUUUUGCUUAUAAUGGUGGUGGUAAAAGAGUUGGUAGAGUAGAAAUCUCAUUAGAUGGUGGGAAAACUUGGAAAUUAUGUGAAAUAGAUUAUCCAGAAGAUUCAUAUCGUGAUGCAGGCUAUAUUGAAUUAUAUGGUGGGACUAUAAAUGUUUGUGAUAGAAUGUCUUGUUUAUGUUGGUGUUUUUGGAGUUUACAAAUACCUAAAAGGGAACUGAAAUGUGCAAAAGAUCUAGUUGUUAGAGCUAUGGAUAUCUCAAUGACCGUUCAACCAAGAAAUAUGUAUUGGAAUGUUACUUCAAUGUUGAAUAAUUGGUGGUAUAGAAUUGCUAUUCAACCAGGUUCACAAGAUGAUGAAAUUAGAUUUGAACAUCCAACUUUAGCUAAUAAACCUGGUGGAUGGAUGGAUAGAGUUAAAAAGGAAGGUGGUGAUUUGUUAAAUCCAAAUUAUGGUGAAAGAGUUGCAAAUGGGGAACAAGAAGAAGAACGUAAACCAUAUGUUGAUGAAGAAUUACAAAUGAUUUUAAACCCAGAUAAAGUCAACAUUAUCAUCACAAAAGAACAAUUAGCUCAACAUUCAAAUGAACAGGAACCAUGGUUUAUUGUUAAAGGUCAUGUUUUCGAUGGUACUCCAUUUUUACAAGAACAUCCAGGUGGUGCUCAAUCGAUUACUAUGGUUGCAGGUGAAGAUGCUACUGAAGAUUUUAUGGCUAUUCAUUCAGAUAAUUCUAAGAGAAUGUUACAAAAAUUCCAUCUGGGUAAAUUGGAAGAUCAGUCUUCUACAACAACAUCAGUCCCAAUUGUUGAAAUAGUUGAAAAAACACCAACUUUAUUAAAUCCAAAGAAAUGGAAAAAGAUUAAACUUGUCAAUAAAGAAAUCAUUUCUCAUGAUUCAAGAAUUUUCCAUUUUGAAUUAGAACAUCCAGAGCAAACCACUGGAUUACCUGUUGGUAAACAUUUCUUCAUUCGUUCAAAAGAUUCAACUGGUUCAUUAGUUAUGAGAGCUUAUACACCUAAAUCAAAUCAUAAGAUCAUGGGGAAAUUAGAAGUCUUGGUGAAAGUGUAUUUUGCUAAAGAAGGUAUUCCUGGUGGUAAAAUGACAAAUAUUUUAGAAAACAUGGAUAUUGGAUCAUUCAUUGAAAUUAAAGGUCCAACUGGUGAAUUUGAAUAUUUGAGUAAUGGUGAAUAUUUGUUGGAUAAUAAACCUGGCAAAGUUGAUUCAUUCUUGAUGAUUGCUGGUGGAUCUGGUAUUACUCCUUGCUAUCAAGUGAUUAAAGAGAUUGUUGAUAAUGAACAAGAUAACACAAAGAUGAAGUUAUUUUAUGGGAAUAGGAAACCUGAAGAUAUUUUGUGUCUCCAAGAUCUUGAUAAUUUUGUUGCUACAAAAAAUUCAAACUUAUCUGUGGUGCAUUGUCUAUCUGAUUAUCGUGCUGUUCCAAAUGAAUGGGAAGGGCUAACUGGUCGUAUGAGUAAGUUGUUGUGGAAUCAAUACGUUGAAGAGCAAAACAAGAUUGGUGAGUUCUUGGUUCUUGUUUGUGGUCCUCCUGGAAUGGUUGAAGGUGUCAAAACCAUUGUGAAGGAGACAGGCUUUGAUCCAUCCAGAGUUGUGUAUUUCUGAUAAAGAUAAUGUAUAGAGUCUAAUAUUAUUUAUUACGUAUCCAAAUUUCCUGUAUUAUCCGUUAUCUGAUUAUACUGUUUCUGCCCCAACCACUAUCAAUUCGCGAAUUCACGAAAAGCGGAUUUUAAAAGUCUGAAAUCUGAAAUCUGUUGAU